UCUCUUAUUCAUGGACACUUGUUUGUGGAAACAGGACCAUUGGUUUUUUCUUUUUCUUUUUCUUUUUUGGUUUUUAACCAUCCAAUAGAUGUCCACCAAUCCGCUAGUUACAUAAUCAAAUAAUCUUAAAUUUUUGUUCAUGAUACAUCUACACUGGCUGCCAUAAUUUGGACGGUUUAAUUUGACUACUUGUAUGCAAUGUUUGCAAUUUCUAUGUAAUUUUUAAGUGCCUGUGUAUCAUCCAUCACACUCUACAAGAGUAUCAAAGUUUUUCUCUUUGGAUUUUUAUGGUGCAUUUGCUCCCCAUCUACACUACAUUUCAAUACAUGUGUGGUGUAGCAACAGUGUCAGAUGGCAUCUAUGAAUAGGCUCGAGUGGGGUAGUCUGUUUUUUGUAAUUUUACAUUUUUUUCCCUACUGAAAUAGAGUAUGACAUUUACAACUUACAGCACUCAGUAACUUUUCCAUCUCUAGGCUUUAUUUUCACUGUUGCUUCCCUGUAGACUCUGCCAAAACCCCACACAGCCAUGCCUCUGCCACUUCCAACUGGAGUAAAAGGGAGGAGGGAAAUGGUAAAAAGCAACUAAAAAGAUACUUAGAAUAUUGUGUGCGUUUCACACAAUUUUAUAUGGUGGUGACUUAUCCGCAGUGCGGCCGUGGGCAUGUUUAGUCAAUCUCGAUCGUCCAAAUCAUAGCUUGAGUGUUGAUGAGGUUGGUUCUAACCUUAGUUACAUGAUUCUUUUGACUAGGCACCGCUUCCACUUCGAAUCACACUCCUCUCUCUCCUUAGCUGUUUAGGCUUGCUAACAUUUAAAAACAAGCACUUACCCACUCUUACACUCAUAUAUGUUGCCACUUUGCUUCACGCUUCAUCCAACUGUAAUUCCAACCAUUCAAUUUGUUUCCCAUCAAAUGAACAGCCAAGAAGGAAAUUGUCAUUUGUCUCAAUUCAAUUGCCUAUAUCGGAUGGUUGAGAUCGUUGCAUCUAUCUGGCAUUUGGGCCAAUCUUGAAAAUUGAAAAUUAUAUGCAUCGGUACAUCUCACCAUGAGAUGGAAAAUUAAUAGAAACAACUGGUGGUCCCAAUUGUCCCAAUUCAUCGAUCGAUACAGGCAGUUAAGAUUGUUGCAUGUAUGCGGCAAUUGGUCCAUUCCGAUAUCGAAAAUCCUAAACAUCCAACAUCUCACCAUCAUAGCGAAAAGAAGAAAAAAAAAACGUCAGUAAUCCCAAUUCAUCAGCCAAUAUUGAUUGUUAACAUCAUGGCUUGUAUAUGCGGCAUUUAGGUCCAUCCAAAAAAUCCUAAAUAUCCAACUUCUCACCAUCAUAUGGAAAGCUGAAAGAAAUGCUUAGCGGCCUGAGUUCAUCGACCGUUCCAAGACAUGAACAAUCAGACCCAUAAUUUGGAUGUUGUGGAUUAAUGAAUCAUGCAUCCCACGAGUAUGGUCAACUAGUCACUGCCAUUUAAAAAAUGGUGGGAACUCACACACUAGAGUGAGCCCUAAAACCAGAAUAAAAAGGAAAGAAAGGUAAGGUAUGGAGCAUUUCUGUCUUUAACAUGUUGUGGAAUGCCUUUACAAAAGGUCCAAGUUCUCUGUUCUUACUAACAGACCCAAAUCAUGUUGGCAAUAUUUAAAUAUUUGAAGAAAAAAGGAGAAAAAUGAGAGAAUUUUUUUUUGUCUACAAAAAUUGGAAUAAAAUAAAAGGAAAAGGUCACAACAGUAAUGGAGAUUCUUCUGUCAGUCCAUAGCCCUUUGCUGACGUUUUAGUGAGUCUGGUCCCAUAGUACAACCUUGCAGAACAGGAACUGUCAUCAGUAGUGGGAAAUUACCAAAAUGCCCCUUGUUGGAAAAAUUACAAAAUUGCCCCUGCAUUGGAGUGUUGAUGACCAAAAUACCCCCAAGUGGUCCAUAGUUUCACAUUAGUGGCUGCCGACUAUGUUAAAAUAGAGGCUACAGUCUAGUUAAUGAAAUGUGGUAGGUCACUUAAAUGGUGCUCAUUCCUUUGAAGAGGUUUGCUUGAAUACAUCUUGAAGUAUUUUAAUCCCAUGUGUAGGGAUUUUAGCUGGUGAAUUUGGGUCAACUUCCAAUGAUCCAAACCAUUUAUAUGACGAGUCUCACUUUGUACAGUGGAAAAUCAACAAAUAAAAGCUUUCAAUUGUAUUUCAGCCCUUCGGUAAUUUGGCCCUUUUUCUUUGAUCAUGGACAGUAGCCAUGACUUUUGUAUAAUCAAAGGGUUGAAAUAUUCAAUCUGAGAGUUUUUUAAGGCAUCCUGCAUUCAAGGGGAGCCCUAUCAAAUAAAUGGUUUGGGUCAUCAGAAAGAAUACUAGGAGGGCUUGUCGAGUAAAUCCGCCGAGGUUAAGGAUUUUCCGCCCUGAAUCAUGAUAGGAUUAUCAGGUGGGGAUUAAAAAGAAUGCUACAAUGGAGAACAUGGACGAAGGAGAAUGGAGAACAUAGAUUAAGGAGAACACCUUGCUGUUGCCAAAUCCAACUGCUAGAGCCUUGAAGUAUCUUAUUGCAUAUGUUGGGAUGUAUUUGAGAAAACCCUUGAUAAUAAGGGUUUGUAUGAUGUUUCUCUUGGACGAAAAUGGCUUUUGUUGUUGCAAUCAUGUUUGCUGAUUUGAAACAGAUGGUGUACCUAUAUGCUUCUAGUAGUCUGUAGUUCAGUUGAAUUCAUAUGAUAUUCUUCUGUUUUAUUUUACAAAUACACUUGUGGAAUUCUGCAGCAUUAUUUUUUAUUUUUUAUUUUUAAGUCUUUGAUACUUGGAUGCUUUAAUAAGUGGAAUGUGCUAUGCAAGUUUAUAUGGCAUCAAUCCCUUGCCUUAUGGUAGAAGAUUCCACUGUAAACACCUUGAUACUAAGAAUUCAUAACUUUCAUUCGUUAACAGCUACGAUUUUUUGAUAGUUGCAUGUUGAUUUAGAAUGAGUGCUACCUAGAUGCUUCUAUUAUGCUAAAAUUUCAAUCUAACUUGUUUUAUAUUAAUCCGUUCAUCGAGAGAAUUUUUGUCGAUUUCAUAGUGUUUGUUCCUCGAAAUCUAACAGUUGAGCGUGAUUAUGCCUUUUGAAUUUACAUAGUAGUGGUUGUUGUUGAAAUAUAUGAUCCCCAGAUACUCAAACUAAGCAAAAACACUCUAGGAUUUCAUAAUGCACGAAUAGCUUGCCUAAUGGCCCGACUCUUUACUAUAAACAGCCAUGUUCUUCUAGUAGGCCAAAAUGUCCGACAAAUUCAUACAAUUUUCAUCCGCCAAACCAAUAUAUGGGUUUAUGAUUUCAUGAUAUUGGUAUUUUAUUUAAAAAGAGCAGUACCUAGAUACUUUUAUUAGGUUCAUAUUUCAAUCGAACUUGUAUGAUUUUCAUCUGUUCAGUAUCUGAAUAUGCCUGUUGAAUUUUUGUAGUGAUCAUUCCUUGAAAUGUACGAUCCCUAGAUACUUGAACCAAGCGAAAUGCUCCAUGAGUUUAUAUGGCACCAAUCCCUUGCUUGGUAGUGUAUUAUUUCACUAUAAGUAGCCAUGUAUUUUUAUUAGGCCAAAGUGUCUGAAGAAUUCAUAUAAUGCUCUUCCACCAGACCAAGAUAUGGCUUAUGAUUUUGUGAUAGUGAUUGUCGAUUUUAAAACGAGCAGUGCCCAAAUGCUGCUUUUAUGCUUAAUUCAAUUGAACAUGUAUGGUGUAUAUCUGAUUAGUAUGCGAAUAUGCCUGCUGAAUUUAUAUGAUGAUCGUUCCUUGAAAUAAUGAAAUCUAUGAUCCCCAGAAGCCUAAACUGUGCUAAUAUGCUCUGUGAGAUUAUAUAGCAAUAAUCCCAUGCCUGAUGGUGUGCUAUUUCACUAUAACCACUUGGAUACAUCCACCAGGCCAAAAUGUGUGAACAAUUCUUACAAUGUUCGUCCGCUGUACGACAACUCGAAUUUCAAUCCAACAUGUUCAUUAUACAUCCGUUUAGUAUGCAAAUAUGCCAUCACAUUUGCAUAGUUAUCGUUUCUCGAAAUCUAUGAUCCUCAGAUACUUCAAUUAGGCAAAAAUGCUCUACAAUUUCAUAUUGCAUUAAUCUCUUGCUUGGUGGUAGACUAUUUCACUAUAAAUACAUCGAUAUGUUGCAAUGGAUGUCUUGUAUUCUGCAGAAUGGUGCAGGGAAAAUUAUAGAUGUCCCUAAUGGGGGGUCGAGGGUGCCUUUGCACACUAACGCGGGGAUUUGGGGGCAGUGCUCUAACCCGAAUGUUAUGAGACCCGAUCUAAAACCUGACCCAACCAAAAUAGGAUAUUUUGCGUAUUUUCAUGUAUGGGAUAUAAAUAUUGUUUAUGGGGUAUAAUUAAGGUUACGUAAAGAAACCAAGGUGCCUUUGCACCCUAGCGGGGGCGCCCCCAACCCGAAUGCAAUGAGAGCUGAUCUGAAAACCCAACCCGACCAAAAUAGGGUAUUUUGGGUAUUUUCAUGUAUUGGGUAUAAAUAUUAUUUAUGGGGUUGAAUUAGGGUUACGUAAAGAAACUCUUUUUUGGUUUUUGAGGCUGGAAUAUGGUUAGGGUUGUAAUUGAUGUUUUCAACGGGGUCUCAUCGAUGGAGUAGGCACAAUAGCCGAACCACGUAAAUCCUUUGUAUUUUUUGUGUGUUUGGUUCUCUUUGUUGAAUCAGUUCAUUUUCUUACUCAAUAUUUCUAUUAGGACAAAAUGCCAGGAAAAAAAAAAAAAAAUCUUUUGUUUAUCCGCCAGACUAAAUUAUGGCUUAUGAUUUUGUGAUGUUGGUUGUCGAUUAAAACAAGUUGUGCUCAUAUGCUUCUUUUAGGCUCGAAUUUCAAUCAAACAUAUGCAUUAUACACAUCCAUUUAAUAUACAAACAUUCCUGUUGAAUUUACGUACUAACCAUUCCUUGAAAUCCAUGAUCGUCGGAAACUUCAACUAGCAGGCGAAAACGCGCUACGAUUUCAUAUUGCACUAAUCCCUUUUCCUGGUGGUAUACUAUUUCUAUUAGGCUGAUGAACAAUAGCUAGAUACUUUCUUCUAGUAGGUGACAAUGUCCAGGCACAUACAUGUAUGCUAGUAAUGCUACCCCAUAAAUUGCAUCCUUAAGUGCCCCACAUGCCUCCUUUAAUACCCAUGACUCAGAAAGGACAGACGACGCCGCAACAUCACACAUGAUAUGUGUUUCUAGGGUCAUUUUGGUAAUUCAUCCAUAUGGGUGAAUGCCAUAUUUUCAAAACCAAUGGCAGUUCUGUAAAUUACCUAAUAAACAAUGGGCAUUUACCCAUCAUGCCCUUCCAAGGGCCCAUUAAACUCAGAGUUAAAAAUCCCUGGAACAAGCUUAUCCCCCUUUUCCUCAGAAUGGUAAAAACCAAGGUUGCCCUUGUGCCUAUUUAUAACACCCAUGAAUCCCUUGUUUGGUACUUUCCAUGCAACCCAAAAAAAGAAAAGGCAAAUACCAUGAUUCUCACUACCCCUCCUCUUUCCAAAUUCCUUCCCAUUCUCAUCUAGAGAGAUAGAGAAAGAGAGAGAAAGAUGAGGAACCGUUCAUCAAAACAUACAAAGGACGUAGAGAAGCUUAAGGUGAAAGAAGAGCCACACCUUUCAGGUGCAUACAUCCGUAGCCUUGUGAAACAGCUCACCUCUUCAAGAACCAAAGAACCCAUGAACAGCCCAAAACCCUUUGAUCCCAGCCCUUCAAAUGAAGAUGGCUUUCCCCAAAACCACCUUAGUCAAGGUUUUAGUGAUGGCCCACCACAGCAACCACAACCACAACCAAAGAAGCAGGUCAGGAGGAGGCUCCACACUAGUAGGCCAUACCAAGAAAGGUUACUGAAUAUGGCUGAGGCUAGGAGAGAAAUUGUGACUGCACUCAAAUUCCACAGGGCUGCAAUGAAACAAGCAAAUGAACAACAACAGCAGCAACAGCAACAGCAACAACAACAAUCACAGCCACAACAAAACCCACUACCACAUCAAGACCCAAAUGGCCCACCAGCUUUAGAACCACAUGAUAGGAUGAAAUCUAGGAGGAACCCAAGAAUCUAUCCAUCAAACCACACCAAUCCCACCUUCUCAAACUACCUCAACAAUUUCUCUUUCGCAUCUUUCUCUCCCAACCUCCCCAAUGCAACUCCUUUUGCAUGGGCUCCAACACCUAUUGCACCACUACCCAUUAGUGAAAAUCUCAAUUUUGCCCUCCCAAACCAGCCACUAGGCCUCAAUCUCAACUUCCAUGAUUUUAACAACAUAGACACUUCAUUCUACCAAAACAACAACUAUCCAUCUAUCUACACACCAUCUUCGUCAUCAUCGUCAUCGCCUUCCCCGUCUCUGACAUGCACUGAUGCACCGUCGGUCGGCAGCCUGCCCCCGAUCGGGGGGCUGCACCCGGUGAUGGACGAUGAGGAGAUGGCGGAGAUCCGAUCGAUCGGCGAGCAGCAUGACAUGGAGUGGAACGACACGUUGAACUUUGUUACGUCGGCGUGGUGGUUCAAGUUCCUUAAGACCAUGGAGAUUGGACCUGAGAGCAAUGGAGAGAGGAGAGAUGAUGAUGGGCCCCACAUGUUUGAUGAGGCCAUGGAUAUCCCAGCUUGGUUGAAUGAUGGUGCUGUGGGGAGUGCUGCUGGGGGGUGCUUCCUACAACAGCAUUUGGAUGAUUUUUAUUCAGAUGAUUUGUUGGAAGAUGCUGCAUUACCUUGCAUGGAUCUUGGAGAGAUUGAAGGGAUGGAUGGUGAGUGGUUAGCUUAGCUUAGUGAGAUUGAUUAUUUUUGUGGUGAGGAUCUUUUUUUGUUCCUCUUUUUUCGUUUUCUUUUUUUCCUUUUUCCCUUUUCCUUUUUGUUUUUUUUUUUCAUGUUGCUAAUAAGACUUGCCAUAAGAUGUGAAAUGGCAAGUGAAUGAACGAAAUAAUGUAACGAGGAGUCUCGAGUCUCCUUGGAAUUUUUAACAAAGACUCUCUCUCUCUCUCUC